AUGAAAGGUAGUCUUGCAGCUCGUCCACAAACGAAAACAACUCAAGCUAUUCAAAAACAUGAAAGUGAUAACAAUGAAGAAUGGAUUUCCAUGGAUGAAGAUAAUGAUAACACAUGGAUUUUAUAUGAUGACAACAAUGGUGAAGACGAAGAUAAUCAGUUAACUUCUCAUCAUCAAGAGCCAGAAGAAUUCAAAGAUCUUGAUUGGAAUGAUAUACCCAAUUUUAUUUGUCAGCUAAACUAUAAUCAUUUAAAAGGAUAUGAACGCCAUCAGGUUGAAGAAGAAAAUCGUACUAUCCUAUCUAGCCGACGUAGAUUAGUUGCUAAGAAGGCUAUUAUCAGAUUACCAUACAAGGGCACUUCAUUUUAUAUUGCUUCUGAAAAAGACUUUCAACAAAAAGAAGUCGAUUAUAUGAACCGAACAGGUGCUUAA